AUCAAAACUCACAGCCAUAUCCACCUUUGAAAACAAAAGCGAAAUACACAAAACGAAAACAGCACAAUUCAAAUUGAGUCCCGCUAAAUAAUUUAACUACAACCUGUUUCUUCUUCAUUUCUUCUACUUGCAUCACUUCUCACUCGAUCCCCUUUCAGAAACCUCAAAUUUAGGGUUAGGGUUUUCGUUCUUCAUCCGCACCGCCAUGGAAGCUGCAGUUAUCGACGCCGGUAGCAGCCUCCUCAAAGCCGGUUUCGCAAUUCCCGAUCAAACUCCCGCCAUGAUUAUUCCUAGUCAGAUGAAACGAAUGGUUGAUGAGAAAGGUUUAGUAGGUGAUAAUGGUAAUGGUCAGUUAGUGGUGGAUGAUGUUGCGGUGGAGCCGGUGGUGAGAGGUUAUGUUAGAGAUUGGGAUGCUAUGGAGGAUUUGUUGAAUUAUGUUUUGUAUUCUGGUCUUGGAUGGGAGAUUGGGAAUGAAGGUCAAAUUCUCUUUACGGAUCCACUUUGUACUCCUAAGGCUAACAAAGAACAGUUAGUGCAACUAAUGUUUGAAACAUUCAACAUAUCAGGGUUUUAUGCCUCGGAGCAGGCAGUGUUGUCACUCUAUGCUGUUGGAAGGAUCUCUGGAUGCACGGUUGAUAUUGGUCAUGGAAAAAUAGAUAUUGCUCCAGUUAUUGAGGGUGCUGUUAACCACAUUGCCUCGAGAAGAUUUGAGUUUGGAGGUACUGAUCUAACUAAUUAUCUGGCUCAAGAACUAGGCAAAUCCAAUCCGCAAGUGAAUAUCAGUAUGUCUGAUGUUGAGAAAAUAAAACAGCUAUACUCAUGUUGUGCUGAAGAUGACUUUGCUUAUCUGAAGACCAAAGAUCAUUGUCCUGUGGAGACACAUACCCUUCCUGAUGGACAGGUGAUAACAAUUGGAAGAGAAAGAUACACAGUUGGUGAAGCUUUAUUCCAGCCAAGUCUAUUGGGUUUAGAGGCUCAUGGCAUUGUAGAGCAGCUUGUCCGUACUAUUUCAACAGUGACAUCUGAUAAUCAUCGGCAACUUCUGGAAAAUACUGUGGUUUGUGGUGGCACUUCUUCUAUGACUGGUUUUGAAGAGAGAUUUCAGAAGGAAUCUUUGCUAAGUUCAUCUGCUGUUCGACCGACCUUGGUUAAGCCUCCAGAAUACAUGCCUGAAAAUUUAACCAUGUAUUCUGCAUGGGUGGGAGGUGCUAUACUCGCCAAAGUAGUUUUUCCUCAAAAUCAGCAUGUAACUAAGGCAGAUUAUGAUGAAAAUGGACCUUCCAUUGUUCACCGAAAAUGCUUCUGAAAGAAUGCUUCUGCACAGUUUCAUCGAACAACGAGUUCCUACACACUUAUGUUAGAUUAGAUGAUGUGGUAGGCCUUCUGUUGACUUCAGAUUCUAAAUACCAGUCUUGCUAGAUGUCCAGGUACUUGUAUGAAUUUCAAUCCUUUACAGUGGAUAUCCAUUAAUUAAACUCAAUUUAUUUCCAUGUACUAGUGUUUAGGCACCAAAUCUCAGACGAUUUCUGUAUAAUUCGGGUUUGAAAAAUGUGUAAAGUACAACAAUAGCAGCUUGCUUAUUUUGUAAUGAGUAGAGCAUGCAGGAGAUUAUGUGUGUUUGCCAACCCA